GUCAUCUUGUACUCUCUCCUCUCUCCCUCUCUCGUCUAUAAAAGCAAACCCACCAAAGCUAAACUAUUCUCCUCACCAUUUUCCACCCAUGGCCGACCCUUACUCAAAUUUCUUCACAGGUUGGGUCAAGUUCAACAACAACCCUCUCCAACAUUACCCAUCUCCUCCACAGCAACUCCCUUAUACUCACAACUUUUACACAAGUACUACCUCGCCUGCCAACCAUAACCAACCUUACUUUCACUAUUAUCACAACCCACCUCGCUCUCCUCCUCUUAAAGAAGCCCUACCCCUUUUAAGGUUAAGUCCAACGAGGCAGGGAAAAGAGCAAGACCAACAACGACAGGAUGAUGAUGAAGAAGAAGAAGAAGAAAUUCAAGAACUAAGUUGCAGAGCUAUGGAUGUGGACAAGAUCAAGUACAGAGCCAAAGAUCAAGAAAGCUUCUUUUCUAGUUGUAGUGCUAAUAAUAAAGAAGAUGAGGAGUCUGUUUCUGUUGCACUACAUAUAGGGCUGCCAAGCCCUAGUGCUGCAGAGAUGGCAACUGUGCUAUCUUCUUCUUCGGAGAUCACUGACAAAGAUGGAGAUGGUGAUGAUUCUGUGUACCCCAUUAGCAGGCUUAAUAAGGGUCAGUAUUGGAUCCCUACUCCUUCUCAGAUUUUGAUUGGCCCAACUCAGUUCUCAUGUCCUGUUUGCUGCAAAACCUUCAACAGAUAUAACAACAUGCAGAUGCAUAUGUGGGGGCAUGGAUCUCAGUACAGAAAAGGGCCUGAAUCUCUAAGAGGAACUCAGCCAACAGGAAUGCUAAGGCUUCCUUGCUAUUGUUGUGCCCCAGGGUGCAAAAACAACAUUGAUCAUCCUAGAGCGAAGCCUCUAAAAGAUUUUAGAACCCUUCAAACGCAUUACAAGAGGAAGCAUGGAAUUAAGCCUUUUAUGUGUAGGAAAUGUGGGAAGGCUUUUGCUGUGAGGGGAGAUUGGAGAACUCAUGAAAAGAACUGUGGUAAGCUUUGGUACUGCAUUUGUGGGUCUGAUUUUAAGCACAAGAGAUCACUUAAGGAUCACAUCAAGGCUUUUGGGAGUGGCCAUGCAGCCUAUGGCAAUGAUGGAUUCGAGGAAGAAGAUGAACCUUCAUCUGAGGUAGAGCAAGAUAACGAGUCCAUGCAAUGAAAUAAAACAUGUGGCUGCUAAUUAAUAAGAUUACUGAAUUAAUUAUCUUAAUUUAUGAACUUAAUUAUAUAUAGCUAUAGGCUUUUGAAGUGAGAACAAGUAGGCAUCAUCAAUAUUUACUUGGAAAGCCACCUUUGUUUCCUAAUGUGUUACCCAUGUAUGCCCCCGUAUUUAGGAUCCUUAAACACAUCAUGUUAGGAAGUUAGGGUAAGUUCCUGUAAAUCCAUUUCUUUUCAACUCAUGUUGAUGCCUCUUUUUUUUGUAUUUAAUAAUUUCCUCUUAUUGGCGAGCUUCUCAUGAAUAGAAGUUGAUCAAAACA